AUGUCUAUUCCAUCAGAUCACAAGUAUUAUAAAGAGUUAGAAAUUGCAACUCUAGCUGUUAAAAGAGCUUCAAAAUUAACCAAGAAACUUAGUGAUUCGAUUGCCACCACUAGAAGUUCAGGUUCACAAAUCAAAGAAGACAAAUCUCCUGUCACUGUUGGAGAUUAUGCGGCACAAGCGCUUAUCAAUCAUGCCAUAAAAAUCAAUUUCCCAAAUGACGAGAUUGUAGGGGAAGAAGAUUCUGAAAGUCUUAAAGAUGGAAGUGAAGAAGCUGAUAGACUUAGUAAAAAAAUCUUCGAAAUAAUUCAAGAAGUACAAACUUUAACCCCUUCAUCCUCAGAAAAAAUUGGUGAUUUGACUGACAUUGAAUCAAUUUACAAAAACAUUGACUUUGGUAAUUCAGAAGGCGGUUCAAAAGGUCGUUAUUGGGCUUUGGAUCCUAUUGAUGGUACCAAAGGUUUCUUACGUGGAGAUCAAUUUGCCGUUUGUCUUGGUUUAAUUGAAGAUGGCAAAGUCGUAUUAGGUGUUAUCGGGUGUCCUAAUCUUCCAGCUACCAUAAUAACCAACGAAGAAACCUCAGGAACCGUGGGAGGUUUGUACUCAGCUGUUAAAGGAGUAGGAUCAUUCUACUCUCCUCUUUUUGAGAGCGAUGAUUUCACCCCAUUGUCUCAACAAAAACCUAUUAAAAUGACAAAGGAGACUUCUCCUGACAAAUUGAAGGUUGUGGAAGGAGUUGAAAAAGGACACUCAUCCCACCUGACACAAUCAGAUAUUAAAGCGGCUUUAGGUUUCGACGAAAAAACUGUCAAAAAACAAACCAUAAAUUUGGAUUCUCAAGUUAAAUAUUGUGUUUUAGCUUCUGGUCAAGCUGAUAUAUACUUAAGAUUACCCAUCAAUGAUAAGUAUCGUGAAAAAAUUUGGGACCAUGCUGCUGGUAACAUCUUAAUUUAUGAAAGUGGUGGAAAAGUUGGUGACAUAACAGGGGAAGAACUCAAUUUCGGUAAUGGUAGAUACUUAAAUUCUCAAGGUGUCAUUGCAGGUAAUGAAGCUAUUUUUAGCAAAGUAAUUGAUUCGGUCAAAAGUGUUUUAAGUAGCUAA